AUGAGCGGCCGGGACCGGGGCCCCGUGUUCCUGGGGCCCCCCGGGGGGCCCCCCGGGGGGGGCCCCCAGGGGGCCCCCCAGGAGGUCCCGCAGCAGAUCUUCUUCUAUGGUGGCCCCUUCUCAUGUGCCUUCUCCAACUCCAAGGAGACAGUCUCCUGUGUCCGCUGCAGCAGCAAUGUGGGCAAAGAGAGCAGCAGCAAAAGAGUUGAAGUAGAGACUGAGACGCAGCAGCAGCAGCAGCAGCAGCAGCAGCAGCAGCAGCAGCAGCAGCAGCAGAGAGAGCAGCAGCAUUUACUGCUUCAUAGACAGAGAUAG